AUGAAGGGAUUUAGUUUAUUAUUGGCUGUUGUCCUACAGUUAUCUUUCGCUUUAUCUCAAACCGUCACUCGAAAUACUGUCGAGUAUGGUACAUUUGCUCUUGACAUCGGUGAUGUUGAUAUAAACCCUGAUGUUUAUUUAUCCCUUAUCAACAACUUAGAUACCUCAAUUACUGGUUCUCUUAAUGUUGGUAAUGGUGGUGGAUUCUACGUCAGUAGUGUUUCCAACUUAAUUGGUUUAAAUGUCGAUAUAACUGGUGGUAACGUGUUGAAUAAUGGGACCGUUUCAUUCAAUUCUAUUGAUUCAAUUCUUCCAAGUACUUAUAUUAUUACCACCCUUUCUAGUUUUGUUAACAAUGGUGACUUUUAUAUGGGUUCCAACGGUGCUAUAGGUUCCGGUACUUUUACAAUUAAUAGUCCUUCUGUUACUAAUAAUGGUUUAAUGGUAUUUUAUCAAACUCAAAAUAAUGGUGGUCAAGUCACUUUGGGUGGUACAGAUUUACUUAAUGGUAUUACUAACAAUGGACAAAUUUGUUUGUAUAAUGAACUUUAUGAACAACAAUCUAGUAUUAAUGGUAAUGGUUGUAUUACUGCUCAAGCAAAUUCUACCGUCUAUAUAGACAAUCCUUUGGCUUCCUUUAGUGGACAAACUUUUUAUUUAGCUGAUUCCGAUUCCAGUAUUAUUGCUUCCCCAUUUAUUGGAAGUAACAUCAUCAAUGUUUCUGGUUUUGGUAAUAGUAAUAUGCUUGCAUUAAAUGUUCCUUUAAAUCCCGCCCUUACGGUUUUGGGAAAGGUUGUAACUCAACCAUACUCAUAUGAUGCAACUACAGGUAUUUUGACACUUUACUCAACUAUUGCAAAUCAAGAGUUCGAUAUUGGUACUGGAUAUGUUGCUGGUGAUUUUUCAGUAACUACCGAUUGGGAUGCCCUUACUGAUUUAGUUGUUGCGCCAUUGAACGCUGUUACUUACGAUGGACCAGUACCAACUCCAGGUCUUCCUGCUGGUUGUGCUUUAUGUUCUACCCUUCCUGCUAUUCCAGGUUUAAACGGAACAGAAUAUACCACUACAGUUACUACUACUGACAACGGUCAAGUUUGUACAGAUGUUGAAGAGGUAUUUGUUACUUCAGAUGCUCUGGGAAAUUACUAUGAUAUAACCACCGUCUUAUCAGCUGCCUGUUCCGCUAGCACUACAUCUUCAAGCUAUUUAGAUACCACUUACACCACCACUUUCACUACUACUGAAUCUGAUGGAUAUGUUGCUACUGAUUCCGUACUUCAUUAUUCCCAACCUCCAGUGAUCCAGAUACCUACUUACACCACCACUUUCACUACUACUGAAUCUGAUGGAUAUGUUGCUACUGAUUCCGGUGUUGUUGUUGUCAGUGCUGGUUCUUCCGGUACAGAAACCAGUACUUCAUUAUUCCCAACCUCCAGUGACCCAGAUACCACUUACACCACCACUUUCACUACUACUGAAUCUGAUGGAUAUGUUGCUACUGAUUCCGGUGUUGUUGUUUGCUGGUUCUUCAGGAACCGUACCUCAACUUCAUUAUUCCCAACUUCAAGUGAUCCAGAUACCACUUAUACCACCACUUUCACUACUACUGAAUCUGAUGGAUAUGUUGCUACUGAUUCCGGUGUUGUUGUUGUCAGUGCUGGUUCUUCCGGUACAGUAACCAGUACUUCAUUAUUCCCAACUUCAAGUGAUCCAGAUACCACUUACACCACCACUUUCACUACUACUGAAUCUGAUGGAUAUGUUGCUACUGAUUCCGGUGUUGUUGUUGUCAGUGCUGGUUCUUCCGGUACAGAAACCAGUACUUCAUUAUUCCCAACUUCAAGUGAUCCAGAUACCACUUACACCACCACUUUCACUACUACUGAAUCUGAUGGAUAUGUUGCUACUGAUUCCGGUGUUGUUGUUGUCAGUGCUGGUUCUUCCGGUACAGAAACCAGUACUUCAUUAUUCCCAACUUCAAGUGAUCCAGAUACCACUUACACCACCACUUUCACUACUACUGAAUCUGAUGGAUAUGUUGCUACUGAUUCUGGUGUUGUUGUUGUCAGUGCUGGUUCUUCCGGUACAGAAACCAGUACUUCAUUAUUCCCAACUUCAAGUGAUCCAGAUACCACUUACACCACCACUUUCACUACUACUGAAUCUGAUGGAUAUGUUGCUACUGAUUCUGGUGUUGUUGUUGUCAGUGCUGGUUCUUCCGGUACAGAAACCAGUACUUCAUUAUUCCCAACUUCAAGUGAUCCAGAUACUACUUACACCACCACUUUCACUACUACUGAAUCUGAUGGAUAUGUUGCUACUGAUUCCGGUGUUGUUGUUGUCAGUGCUGGUUCUUCAGGAACCGUUACCUCAACUUCAUUAUUCCCAACUUCAAGUGAGGUUGCAACUUCAUCAUCUAGUACGUCGACAAUUGAUUUAAGAGUUUCAUCUAGUAGUUCUUUGUUAUUUUCAUCCAGUCUCUAUUUCAACAGUUCAAGUUCUUCUAUUGAUAGUCUCACUGAAUAUAGUACUACAUUAGGUACAACUGAUUCUAGCGGGGUUGUUGAAAGUGAAACUGGAGUGGUCAUCGUGACUACUAACUCCCAAGGUAGUAUUUAUACAACCACUUCAAUUAUUAGUGGUUCUACUAGUUUGGCUGCCGCUUCUACUGAUUUUACCUCAUCUAGUACUGAUCUUGAAACAGAAUACACUACGACAUUUACUACCACUGAAUCAGAUGGAUCUGUUGAUACUGAUACUGGAGUUGUUAUCGUUACUACCAACUCUGAUGGAAGUUUAUACACCACUACUUCAAUUAUUUCAGCCUCUUCUGCCGCUAUUACAGUUUGUCGUAGAGAUGGAACAGGUUGUGGUACAUUUACGGAAUACACUACCACAUUUACAACCACUGAAUCUGAUGGAACUGUUGAGACCGAUACUGGUAUUGUUAUUGUUACUACUAAUUCAGAAGGUAGUUUCUAUACCACCACCUCCAUUCUUACUGAAACUGAAUACACUACUACAUUCACUACUACUGAAUCAAAUGGAUCUGUUGAAACUGAAACUGGUAUUGUUAUCAUUACUACUAAUUCAGAAGGAAGUUUAUACACUACUACAUCAUUAUUCAGCAGCGGUGUUAUUUCCGUUUAUACUACUACCAUUAUUACAACUGAUACCGUUGGAGUUCCAUGUACAGAAACUGGUGUUGUUGUUGUUGGUACUAACACUGAAGGUAGUACAUACACUACUACUUCAAUUGUUACUGAAACUGUAACUGAACCAUGCAGUCAAUAUGAAACUACAUUUGUCAGUACCCUUCCAAAUGGAGCAGUUACUACCGAGACUGCAGAAAUUAUUGUUUCUACUGAUACCGAAGGAAGUAUUUAUACCACUACUUCAUUAUUAGGUGGACAAGUAGUUUACACUACUACUGUCGUUACCACCGAUACUGUUGGAGUUCCAUGUACUGAAACUGCUGCUGUUAUCGUUUCAAGUUCAGAAGGUGUAUUAUACACUACUACAUCUAUAAUUGGAGUUGAAACUGUCACUCCUACUACUGCAGAAGUUGAACCAGCCACCACAACUGCCGAAGUUGCUGCUGAAUCAACAACUGAAGUUCCUACUUCUGCAGCUGUUACUACUCCUGCUACAAUUAUUUCAGUUCCAUCCUCUUCACCAACUGUACCACCAGCUUAUGAAGGUUCCGCCUCAAGCAAACAAAUUAAUAGAUUUAUGUUGGUUGUUCCUGUUAUCUUGAUGACAUUGGUUUUGGUUUAA